AUGGUAAAAUUCAGCGUUCACGAUCUCGUGAGAGACUUAUGCAUGAGGAUAAGUGAGAAAGAGAGCCUUUUCUGUGUCGAACGAGACCAAAACGGGAAGAGUCACAUUGCAGUUGAUAAAAGAAGCGCAAUGUUGUACACCAGAGAAACGGUAUCACAUCACCGGCCGAUCAUAUCCCGUGAGAGAUGGGCAGCAGGGCGGCUAAGGGUGUUGGUUCGCGACAUCCGUUGCAUUGACUACACUUAUCCCGAAGUGAACUCCCGCCUUUUGUACCAUGAAGCAGAUAAGGAUGACGAAUAUAGCGACAUUAACCCUCAUGAUUAUUGGUCGGUUACUUACCAGCUUUCUUCGUCGAUAUCACUACUUUGGAGUCUGCAGACUAUAAUUGUCACCGAAAUCUCAGACGUUGUGGCACCGUCUGAGAUUUGGGAGAUGCCGCAGCUUUGGCAUAUCGAUAUAUCAUCUGUCAGUAUUCCCAGUCCGGCUCCUAGUAGCAACGCUGUUGUUUUGCAUUACCUACAGACACUUCGUGAUGUGGAGGACUUGGUUUUCACUGAGGAUGUCUGCAAGAGAAUACUCAAUGUUCAGGAACUGGAAAUUUCUCACUAUUUCGAUGAACGUGGCGAGGCGAGUUCUCGCUACCAUCUCCACGAUGUUGGCCGGUUCGACAAGCUUGAGAAGCUCGUGUACUCUUGCAAUGGAUGGGAGUUUCUAGAAGGUUCCUCGCGGAACCUCAGACUCCCGAGUUCCCUCAGGGAGUUGCAGUUGAAUUACUGCAAGCUUGACUCAUGUGAUGUGAAGAUUCUUGGUUCGUUGCCUCAUCUCGAACUUCUUCUAUUGCAUAAGGUGGUUGUGGGACAGGAGUGGGAUUUUGGGGAGGAGGAAUUUGAUUGCUUGAAACACUUGAGCAUUAAUCAGUGUGAUGAUCUGAUUUGCUGGAUUGCAGACAGCUAUACUUUUCCUGUGUUAGAGCGGCUUUCACUUCAAUCAUUAUCCAAUUUCGAAGAGAUUCCUUCAGACAUCGGAGAGAUUCCAACACUGAAGAGAAUCUCAAUGUAUGAUUGCAGAGAAUCUGCUUGCAUAUCAGCAGUUAACAUUCUAGAGGAGAAUGAGGAGAGCUUUGGAGAUUUUGGGCUUCGAGUUGAGAUCAAGUUCAGUAAGGAGAGUGAAGCAGAAAUGCUGAGGGAAAAAGUCGAAUUCGGUAGCAAAAAUCUUCUCAUCUCUGGCUUCCGUUGA